GCUAUCUGGGCAGUCCCUUUAAUGUGUUUUCUCCUGGCAAACCUCCUCUGGCCUCUCCUUAUCCUCCUGGUUUCUUUGGCACCUGGCUCAUUUGCCCCAGUUACCACAGCUGAGCUGCCUGCCAGCAGCCACCCCCAGAUAGGAGCUGGUGGCUGGAUUUAUUCAUCGCUGUAUUCUGGGGUAGGAGCCAUACUGAUAAGUGAAUGAGGUGGGGAGAUGUGCAGUCGUGGGUUCUUUUUUAAAGCUGGAUUGGGUGCAGUGUUGCACAGCACUUAAGGGCUUGAGCAAAGGGGUGGAGCUGUUCAGUGGGCAGUACAUUUGGAGAGACUGCAAGGCUGGUGCUGGCAGAACAAGUCGGUGAUACCCACCCACAGUCCUUGAGCCUUUAAAACGUGCACACUGGUCCAAGUGCUCUUUGCAUUAACUCCUGUAAUCCUCACACACCCAUUGAGGUGGGUGCUGUCUUGUUCUGUAGAUAAGGAAGUAAGGCACAGAGAAGUUCAGUGUUUCGCCAGAGGUCACAAGUAGGGGUUUUGGAGGCCUGACCCCUGUCCACGUUGUCUGGCUCUGGAGAUGUGCUCUAACUGUAAGGCCAGCUUGCUUCCACAGGCCAUGCUUAGGAGUUAGGACAUGAUGGGGAACCAGGGAAAGGCUGUGGGGGUCGGCUGUAUGUUUUAGAGAGAUGCGUUGGCAGUAGGGUAGAAGGGUACCAGGAGAUGGGCAGUCAUUUGGAGGAGGUAGCGGCACGGGAGAUGAGAAGAAAGGUGGGUUUGAGAGUGGUCCUGCAUUAAUUUCGCUCAGAUACGACUAGUUCUCCCCAGCUCCGAGGCCAUUGUCCUAGGCCAUUGGUUCUCGUGCUGUAGCCUCUGGAGCAGAACCGUCAGAAUUGCCUAGGAAGUUGUUAGGAGUGCAGAGUUUUGAGCCCCAUCCCAGACCUGCUGAAUCAGAAUCUAGUUUAACAAGCCCUCCAGGUGAGCCUGACGUUCAGGCCACUAUCGCCCAGGACCGGGUGACCACAGAGCCUUCUCCUUGCUUUGACUCUCCUCUGGUCCCUCAGCCUUGCCCUGAGCUCAGGCCCUCCCCCACUAGAAGCCCUUCUACACGAAUUACACCCUGACUCCUGGCUCCACGUUUUUGCUUCUCAUUUGUUGCUUUAUCCACUGCAUCCCUGAACAUUGAUUUAUCGUGGUUAGUUGCCACCUUUCAGUGGGCCCUGAGUGAAUCCAAGGGCCUCUCAUUCUCCAAUAGCCUCCGCAUCUGCUGCCUUCUCUGCUCUUCCUGGAACCUGCUUGGCUUCCCAAUCCACAGUUUCUUGGGUUUUCUCUACUUGUGUUGCCAGUGACAGAAGUCUCAGCUGGGUACACAGGGUGGGUCAGGGUUGGUGGCUCUCAUCUACUCCCCUAAAUUAUCAGCUCCUCCAGAGAGCAACAGUUCCCAGUCUUUGGGAAGAGGCAGAGGCUCUGGGCUCUGUGCUGGCCUAGGAAGCUCUGUUCCUUCUUGGUUGCUAGGUGUCGGUGAGGUCACGUGUAAGCAGUUCUGAUUCUCUUGUCUUUUCUCAGAAGCUAGUACAGGGCCGUGCAGGAGUUUUUUUUGUUUUUGUUUUUUUUUGUGGGGUGGAGGGGUUUCCAUUUGUUUAUUGAUCUCCUCCUCAUUACUCCAGAGAGGAUUCAAGAUGGGAGGGGGCUUCAGCAUCACCCACCCUCCCAGUUGGCAGGGAUCCUCAGAGCAUGUGCAGUAAGGCACGGUCACUGUAUUCUGGGAAGCUAUGAACUGAAGGCUGUGAGCUCUGGGUCCCCAGCCUCGCAGUCAAAGUACUGGUGCAGUAGCUGCUUUCGUAAGCCUGAGUGAGGGCUUGAAGAUACUGGAAAUCUAUCUGGCUCCAAAUUCCUAUGCUAGCCAGAGGAUGAAUAACGAGCAGGCAUGAGAGGUUGAGGCAUUCAGCUUCCCUGCAAAUCUUGGUAUAGAUCACGUCCUUCUCUAUAGGUUGGAACCACAGAGCACAAUGAGUACGAGAAAGCGUCGUGGAGGAACAGUAAAUUCUAGACAAGCCCAGAAGCGAACUCGAGAAGCGUCCUCCCCCCCUGAGAUGGCCCUGGAGGCAGAACCCAUAGAACUUGUGGAGAGCGCUGGAGAUGAAAUAGUGGACCUCACCUGUGAAUCUUUAGAGCCUGUGGUCGUCGACCUGACUCACAGCGACUCUGUCGUGAUUAGUAUCACCAGAGCUUUAUUAGAUCUUUCAAAGAACCAACUUUUAGCUUUGUGGAUCCUUUCUCUUAUUGUUGAAGAAAGGAGGCGGCCGAGGAGGAACGCCAGGAGGCUGCGGCAGGAGCACGCCGAUAGCUGUGUGCUAAGCAGUGAUGACGAGGAGCUGCCCAGGGACAGGGACGUGUAUGUGACCACCCACACCCCCAGGAACGCCCGGGAGGAGGCCGCUACCGGACUCAGAUUGUGCAGAAUGGACGUCUCAUUGUUUCUACAGAAUGUGGCCACGUCUUCUGUAGCCAGUGCCUCCGUGAUUCCCUUAAGAAUGCUAACACUUGCCCAACUUGCAGGAAAAAGAUCAACCACAAACGGUACCACCCCAUUUAUAUAUGAAGUGUUGAGCUGCUCAGGAGAGACGGAUGGACAGACAGAGCCUGGCUGGGUUCUCUACAGCCUCACGUGGGCUAUCUGCCGCCACUUUCUUGAGCUCAGAAAGACUAUUUCAGAAUCAACGUCUGUAAAGUAAACUGCUCUCUUGUUUCCAACCCCGUCUUUGACCCCUUUGUUACCUCUAGUUUGAUGCUGAGGAGCUGGACCCAGGGCCCCCCCAGGCCAGGGUCUACAUCUGCUUCUCCGGGUAGUCUGGUUCCAGCGUAGGAGAGAGGGAGUCAGGCACAUUGGAGUUGAGAAUCGUGGUUCCAGCCUCUUUCCGGAACCUGCACGUUUGCCAAGAAGUUUUCCCCAUUUGGAAAGUUUGUCCCAGCUUCCUACUGGCAGUGUGUCGAGGGCUGGCCCCGGUCGGAGAGCAAUCCGGUCCGCCCAGCUCUCCUGGGCACGCUACCUCCUCCCAGGCAUCUGCCCGCCACAGUGACCAAGCCAGACAAGGUCCAUCUGGCCUGAGGAUCCCAGGUGCAAGCAUGGCCCCGGAAAGACCAACCGCUGGACUUUUUUUUCUUCCCUCUGAGUUUCAGAGGUCACCCGUGAUUCCGCCUGCAUUGAUGUCGGGUUCCUGCAGAUCACAAGGACCUCUGCAGGGCAAUCCCCAGUCUUCUAAGAACGAAAUGUGCAAUAAAGCCUGUUCUUUGCCUACUUUUCAGCAGCCCAGGAGAUGUAGCACUAUUAGUGUCCUUCAGAGGCCUCAUGUCGCCUACGGAGCAGUGCCUGUCUUGCCCCGUCUGGUUCACCACCUGUUCUCAGGAACUUCACCCAUGCCCGAGUUCACCUGGCGCAGGCCGUGCAAGGUCAACGGGGCAGGCACGUCGUCGAGUAUCCUCUCUCUUUUCUGAUAAAAAUCCAUCUUGUGUUUACCACAUGCCCUCCGGUCCUCAGUUCCCACUGCCUAAUGUCUACUCAAGCAUAGACCCUGGGCGGUGGUGGCAGUAAUUGUGGCCUUAUUAGCCGCCCGUGUCCAUGCUGUUGCCCAAGUCACAGCCGACCUGCGUUUAAAAGACCUUGGCUCUCCAGACUUGAGCUGGGCAACCCCACCCCUGCAACUGACAUCCAUUUCCGAAGCUGCUCUUCUGGCCACUGGGCUUUGAUCCUUCGGGCUUUGAUUGCUCCUUAGGUUUUGGUUGGCAAAGUACGGUGGCCUCUCCCCGCCAGGGGCCCAGAUAACACCCUCUGCUCGACUCCACGUGGGUAAAAGCCUCUGGUCUCAAGGAGGCGGAAGGUGGCCCGAGCUGACCUGAGCUGCCCCCCGCUGCACAGGGCUUGCCUCCACCUCUGUACCCCUCCUUCCUCCGAGGCCUUCAAGCCAAACCAACAGCCUUUUCGUGUGAAACAUCUUCGAGGUGGAAAAGGGGCCGCCUCUGGCUUUGCUAGCAAUAACUGACCUUCAGUUUCUCCUUCUGGAGGAGCAGGGACUCAGCACGGAAUUCACUUUAAAUGGGGCUGAAGGAGUAUCCCUCCUCUGUGUGAAAAGGAAAUUGUUUCAUUCUUCAUUCUGACUUUUUAACUGUUUGGCUCACUUCCAGUUCGUUUGAUGAAAGUACUGUUUUCUACUUGGAGUCGAGGAGGGCAGGACAUCAGUUCUCAUCUGCGUGCUGUGCAGCGUGUCUGCCCUUCGAUUGGACGUCAUUGCCAUUGAGUUCCUUCUGGGCUUCAUGGAAUGCUCUUUCUUUAUGUUCUAACAAUACCCAGACGUCAGGAGCCAAGACAACCGUGCAGCCAAAAUUUCUUACGUUUUAUGCUUAAGGACAAAUGGUUGAUCAUAAAAGUUGUAUUCCUUCAUACUAACUUAAGUUGGAAAAAAACGUUUAGUUUCUACUAUUCAGAAGUUGCAAAACAGGAAAAGGUUGAUACGAAAAAUCCUUUCCCUCCCUCCGUGUACAUAGUUCAAAUCUUUCUUUGUUACGUUUAAACUAUAUCCAUGUAUGUCAGUCUGUUUUGGACUCCUCUGCUAGUGUUACAGGUGGAAAUAAACCAUCAAUUUGAACCAGG